AUAAUAUUAAUAUUUUUUUUAUUUAACAAAUGCUGUAAAGUGAUAUUUGCUUAAAAGUAAUCAGAAUAAAAAUAUAAAACAAUAUGUCAGUGAUAUAUCCAAAAUUGGCAGUGCGAGAUAGCAUUGAUGAUGAUGAUCUCACUGAUAUUGAUGAUGAGGUAUUUAUUAGAGAUGGAAGAAACAGUGGAUUAAAAUUAGACGAUGAUGGUAGUGUCAAGCGGCCUCUUAUGCCACCUCGUAGAAAGUACAAGAGUACAUCUUGUAACUUUCAAACUCAUAGAUUUCCAUAUAAAGCACUUUUCGUGCCACUGUGUUAUGGAAUUACAGCAUUAAUUGUCGUAUUAGGUUUAAUCAUCCUUUGUAUAUUCACUGCGAAUAUAUUCCCAAUGCCAUUAACUAUACUGAAAAAUUGGUUGACACAUGAACUAAAAGAAAUCUCUGUAAAUAAAUCAGAGAUAAUUCCAUGUACAUCACUCUCAUCUAAAAUUUUAUGGACUAAAUCAUUGCCAAAGUUAACUUCUGAAGCACCGCUUAGAAGUAACGAUGUUAACUUUGAUGGGAUUGAAGAUAUUAUUGUGGGAUUUAGUACAGGUCUGGAUACAAUGAAUGCUCCAGAAUAUAUCUGUACUGUGUAUUUUGGGAAUCAAACACCAUGUCUGGGUGGUGUAUUGGCGUUAAAUGGUAAAACAGGAGAAACUAUUUGGACACAUUGGACUGCCCAUGCCAUAUUUUCCAUUGAUUGCGGUGUGGACUUAACAAACGACAAAAUUAAAGAUUGUGUUAUAUCUGGGCGCGGUGGAAUUCUGCAAGCCAUUAGCGGUCGCGAUGGUUCUAAUAUAUGGGAAAUACCGAUUGAAGAGACGGUAGCAUCUGCACAACAACAAAAAAUUGACGUCUAUGAUGCUAGAUUUAUAACGGAUAUGAAUGGCGAUAGUAUUGGCGACGUAAUAGCAUCACAUGCUAUGCAAUCGAAUGACAUCCGAGCAAGUAAUAUACUUGUGAUAUCAGGAAGAAAUGGAAAUAUUAUACGCAACAUCAAUUUACCAGAUACAGAACAGUUGUUUAUAGCACCGCAAAUUAUAGUACAGUCUGAUGGAGAAAAUAUAUUUGUUCUAGCUACAAAUAGUCAGCAAGAGGCUGGAGGAUUAUACAUAGUAUCUCAAGCUAAUAUAUUUUAUGGUAAUUUGCAAUUACGAAAACUUAAUCAUAAUACAGGAAAAGGUGCACUCUUACCACCUGUUUUAAUAGAUAUUACAUCAGAUGGAAUUGAAGAUAUUGUCGCAGCUAUGUUUAAUUCUACAAUUAUGGCAUACAAUGGAUCAACAUUUGAACCUAUCUGGAAUUACACAAUCCCUAAUUCUGAAGUAAUUAGCAUUCCUAUUCCUGGUUAUUACAAUGACGACGAUAUACCAGAUUUCAUGAUAAAACAUCAGAUAGGUGCUGGUUUCCCUACAUAUUAUUAUACUAUGGCUACAAUCAUAGACGGGCGUAAUGGACAACCCUUACUCGAAAAACCAAUAGAAGAUAGUUUGAGUAAGCAAAUGUCCGGAUUAUCGAUCACUGUUGACGGAUUUGGUAAUGAUUGGUUUCUGCAUUGGUCUGCCGACUGUUUAAAUCAUGAGGGAAUUAAAGAAAAAUAUCAGUUUUUGAAAGGUCAAAGUCUCGUAUCACAAACGCAUGCUGAUCUCUGCCGGUUAAGAUUUAAUUCUACACUUACCAUGAAGUUACUGGCAUUGAGUCAACACGUUGGCCCACCCGGAAUAUCAUUGUAUUUCUCAGAGAAAUGGAAAUCACUGGAAUUCAAUAAUUCGAUUGAUCCACGAGAAGAAGCGGAGAAAUAUCUGGAUGCCCAUCAUCGAUUCGAAAUCAUGGAUACUUAUGCAGACAUACCAUUGGUUUCUGAAAGAUCACCAAAGAAUCAUAAAAAUCUUCAGAAAGAAAGUAUUUUCAAGCAUAAAGAUAAUCUACUUACAGAGAUCGACAAAUAUGAUUCAGAUAUAGUGUACGGUGAAAAUUUUGAUGAAUUCAAUAAUCACAAGAAACAUAGUUUUGUUGAAGAUGAUGUCAUAGAAAAUUUAGACGUUGAUCGAGCAUGGGAGCAAAAUAAUAAAUGGACAAAAAAUAAUGUACAAUCGAAUAAAGAGUACAAUGGUCUAUACAGAAAUGAUAACAACAACAAUGAAAAUGGGGAACAAAAUAUAGAUUAUCUACAAGCUGAAGUGCGAGAGCAAAGGAGUGCUGAAAUUAAAGAUACAUUUAUAAAUAUUUCUUAUGGAAAACAUCUUAUGAAGAAUUCUAAAAAAAUUAACAAUAAUUUAAUACCUUUUGAAUUAAUACAACGUAAUUCGCGAUUGAAAAACGAGAAUGUUAAUAUAAAAAAGAAAAUAGGAACGGGAAAAAUUAAUGAUAAAGGAAAUGAUUCCAUGAGCAAAACUGAUGUAAUGAAUAUUACCGGCAAAUUUUUCAACUCUAUAUCACUGACAAAUAUGUCGACUAUAAAAUCUGAAAAAAAAAUAUUAACGAUGUUAAGUGAUAGGUCAAAUAUCAUAAAACCUAUUGCAAUGCAGAGUGCAUUAAAUACAUCAAUUAGAAACAAAUCAAACAGAGUAAAUGAUACAAAUUUCGAUUUUAAAAUGCCGAAAAUCACACAUACUGAAACAUCAAAUGCUACAAAAAACCAAGUAAUCAUUAGUCAUAAAGCUAUAAUUUCCAAAGUAGAUAAGACACAGGAAAAGCAGAUUUACAAGCAUAGCUUUUCAAAUAUUGUCCAAGAUGUGGAUGAUGAUAUUAGUAUAGAAAAAGUAUUUAAACGGGAAUCAUUGAAAAAUAAAAAUAAAGGAAAAAUUAACAAAAAGCAAUUUCUGAUAUCACAGGAUAAAAAUGAUAAAAUACAACAGAGACGAAGAAUGAAACGAAAAUCUGAAACUAAUGACAAUCGAUCAAACGAUAUUAAUGGUAUUCGAAGACAACCACCAACUGGUAUUUUAUUACCAUCUAUCGCUGAAUCCAAAAGAAAAACUUCGAUAGAUCUAGUCUUUUCUACAUUCUGGCUGCCAUCGUCCGAGGUAUCUCUAAUCUUGUCACAAGUAGAUCUGGAAUGCAUUCAUAGAAAAAAAGCAUUAUCAGAGAAUAAACUCCUGUAUAAAAAAGAUGAUGAUAUUAUCAGCGAAUGUUUAUCUGAGCGAGGCAUUAAUUAUAAACUAUAUCAAGAAUCAGUAGAUAGAGAAAAUACUAAAAUUGCACUUGGUCAAAUGACAAUAUACCGAAUAAAGCUGGAAUGUGUAUGCCCAGAAGAUAUGUUACCUAAUCAAACUUGUAAGAAUAUUUCAUUACAUCAAAGUUGGCCCGAACAUUUAGGGUCUUCUGGAAAUGGAUAUUUUAAGCCAUUACAAAAAUUAAAUAAUUGAAGAAAUUUCAAAAUCUUUUAUUAAACAUUAAACUAUGUACAUGAAUUAUCGAAAACAUGUUUUCAUUAACGUUUUAAUAAAAUCACUGAUAAUUGAAGAGAUGUUGU